AGGGGCGGGGCCGAGGCGAGGCUUUGCUGCGCACUGAGAGUCUCUCCCUCGCCGCGGAGCAAGUCGGGGACGAAGCCCCGGAGGGUCGCCGCGCCUGCCGCCUCCGUUGCCGCCGCCAUGCCGCUCUUCGCCGCCAACCCCUUCGAGCAGGACGUGGAAAAGGCCACAAACGAGUACAACACUGCUGAAGACUGGGGCCUCAUUAUGGAUAUAUGCGACAAAGUUGGUAGCGCUCCUAAUGGAGCAAAAGACUGUCUUAAAGCCAUUUUGAAGAGAGUAAAUCACAAAAUACCCCAUGUUGCUCUGCAGGCAUUGACUCUAUUAGGAGCCUGUGUUUCAAACUGUGGGAAGAUUUUCCACUUAGAAAUCUGCUCGCGUGACUUUGCCAGUGAAGUGCGCGUGAUAAUAAACAAGGCUCAUCCUAAAGUAUGCGAAAAAUUAAAAGCUUUGUUAGUAGAAUGGUCGGAUGAAUUUCAGAAAGAUCCACAGUUUAGUCUGAUAUCGGCAACGAUUAAAUCCCUUAAGGAAGAAGGGGUUACAUUUCCUACAACUGUGUCACAGAGUGUCUCAGCUGCUGCCAAGAAUGGCGUCUCAUCAAACAAGAACAAAGAAGACGAAGAUAUAGCUAAAGCAAUUGAGUUAUCUUUGCAAGAACAAAAACAGCAGCAAACGGAAACAAAAUCUUUAUACCCAUCUGUAGAAGUUCAGCAGAACAAUCAGAAGAUCUCAAGGAAGGUGCGGGCUUUGUAUGACUUUGAAGCUGUCGAGGACAAUGAACUCACCUUUAAGAGCGGCGACAUUAUUAUUGUUUUGGAUGACAGUGAUGCCAACUGGUGGAAAGGAGAAAAUCAAAGAGGGGUAGGAUUGUUCCCAUCUAAUUUUGUGACCUCUAACUUAAAUGAGGAGCUUGAGUCGGCAGCAGCAGUGGAUAAACCCUCUUCUCCCGAAAACACUACAGAGGAAAUUACAAAAGCUGAGCCUGAACCAGUUUGUAUAGAUGAGAGCAAGAUGGACAAGGCAUUGCAGGUACUUCAGAGUAUCGAUCCAACAGAUCCUAAGCCUGAUUCUCCUGAUCUUCUGGAUUUAGAAGAUAUCUGUCAACAGAUGAGUCCCAUGAUAGAUGAAAAACUAGAAGAAAUUGAUAGGAAGCAUUCAGAACUGUCUGAACUAAAUGUUAAAGUGCUCGAAGCCCUGGAGCUGUACAACAAACUAAUGAAUGAAGCUCCUAUGUAUUCCACAUACUCAAAGAUGCAUUCAUCCACACACUAUCCGCCCUCAACAGCUGGUGUUCCAGUGCAGCCAUAUCCCAUCCAUGCUCAUAGUGGGAGCUAUUUGGUUCAUGGUGUCCCUCAAGGCUACAAUCCCGGCAAUGAUCAGAUUGGACAGCUGAGGUCCUUGCCGCCAACUAUAAAUUCUUCAGUAGCAUCUCAGCCUGCUCAGACAGCUUAUCUAAGCACUGGUCUAGAUUCUGUGUCCAGCCCUGCUUACGUGAGCCAGAAUGCUUGCCUUCCACCAGCUAGAACGGUCCCUUAUACCCAACCAAUGAGCCUGCCUAUGGAUAUGCUACCCUACCAGAACACUCCUUCUAGUUUGCCUCAAGGAACGUGCUACCCAGCAGUUCCAGUUCAUUCACUUCCGCAGCAACAAACAAAUUACCACCAACAGCCUCUCCUGUGAAAAUGCAGAGUCUGUUCCUGAAAACUAUCUGAUGUUGCUGACCCUUGUCAUUUAAAUUGCCCUUCAUUGAGCUAAAAGGAUACUUCUGCUCAAGGGAAAAGACAACCAAGCAGUUUCAAAGCAAAACUUAAUUCAAGUUUAACUGUUUUUUUCUGCAUAGCUUUUUCAGCAAGGUGAGCUGCUAAUGUUUUGGGUUUUUUCCCCCCUUUUUCAGAUAUGGCCUUUAAACCUUGGCUGUGUAGUGUUCUGUCUCCCCUUCUCCCUAUUUACAAUUAAGCCUCCAUAAAAGUAAAUUUCCUUUUCAUAAGAGGGGAGAGUGGAAAGCAAGUUUAUUUAUGCAGCUCUUCCUGGUUGUUCUUUCCAGGCUUUAUUAAUACUGUCAUUUUUAUGGAACCUUUAAAUUUCAAGUGUUGUCCUGAAACCCAGUUUAUUUAGAUCAUUUGCUUUCCUCAGUUUGCACCCUCAUCUUAACAGAUUGCUUUUUUAUGAUUGUGCAAUAAAGCUGUUGUGAACUUGGGAGAAGGAAAUCUUGACUGACAGAGGAAGUUAAUAGCCUUUCUGACUUUGGCCAGCUUGGAUUGCUCAUUUUUCAUUCCUCUGGAAGCUAGCACUGUUUAUUCUGCAGAGUCCUCUUUAUUCCCAGUCUAACGGAAGAGAGGGUCUUGGGGAGUGCUUCUUCCCUUCCCCACCCCCUUUUAAUUCCCAAGGCCAAGCUGCCCUAAUGAAACGGAAUCUUCUGCACUUUUCUCUCUCUCUCAGCUUUCCUCUCACUUCAUCACAUGAAAGAGCAGUUUGUGCCUGCAUCAUGGGUUAAUCGUAGCGGACACCCGCAAGUAGAGGUCUUUUUGGCUUUAAGUAUCAAAUACGUGCUGAGCAGGACAGGAAUUUAGAUGACUAUCCACGUAGUUUGAACAGCUGAAGCGUUGAGGUGCCUGGUUUCCUUUCCUAAUAGAGAACAGUCAAAGGAAAGAGUCUGUGUUCUUUUAUCUUUGAGUGUUCCUUCUUUCCUUUCUGCCCAUUUUCUUAUUGACUUUUGUACCGCUAUCUUCAUACACGCAUUUAAUACUUGCGGAUAACUAAUCUGUAGUCUUGGAUGGGGGUAAGCAAUGUGGGGGAGGAGGGGGGGGUGGAGAUACAAAAACUAUUUAGAUGAGCAAAGGACCGUGAUUAAACGUGUAGCAAUCUAAAGAUCUUUAUACGCUGGUGACUGAAUAUAUGUUGUCUGCCCUACGAACAUGUGUUAACUUUGUAGUGAGGAAAAAUGUGUGUUCAAAUCAAAAUUGUCUGUUCAGUGGCUCUUUGACUUCCUAUACCGGUGCUAACAUGAGACUGUACAGAAGUGUGAGCAUGGUCAGAUGAAGAUUUAUAUUGGACCAACGUAUGCCUAUGACUCUUAAAAAAAAAAAGUUCUGAAAAUCAACCUGUGGGCAUCUGUCUAUGCCCAGUCCAGAAAACAAAAGAUGCUUAAGACUUACUUUCUUUGUGGUACUAUCUUUCCUUUUUCUGCCAGUGAUGAUCUAGAGCGGCUGAAUGGGACAGAUAUAUGAAUGAUUUCUUUAUUUAAAACUGAGAAUUCAUUUUGAAGGGUGCUCUUGAGGAAAUUUAUUUAGAGCAAGGGUUGUCUCUUUUUUUCCCCGUCAGCUUGAACAUUUUAUAAACAAAUUGACUUUUGGAAAAAGUGUAUAGCUUCUUGUUUGUCAGUACACGGGGUAAUCAGAGUUUUUAUGAUUCACACAAUCUUUGAUACUACAUGAAGUAGUGCCCAAUAUCUAACUGAUGUUGAGUUGAAACAACCUUUUUCCAUUGUAUUUUGAUCUAUAUAUAUAAAAUAUAUAUAAAUAGUGUGUGUGUGUGUAUAUAUAUAUAUUCACUUAUCUGAGACUUUAUAUACAACUACAUAUGUAUAUUCAUUCUCUAAAAAUCACUGAAAUUUUAUAUGUAGCUGCAUUUGGCAUUAUUGCUAGUUGCUGUAACCUUACAAUGCGUUUCUGCAAGUUGUAAAUAUGUACAAAUUUUGAUGUUGAGACUGUGUAUUUAGUGUUUUGGUGUCGAUUGGAUCAUCUCUAUCCCUCUUCCCUUUUCUAGACCACAUCAUUAUUUAUUGCUAAGGUGUGUUCAUAGUUACGCUGCCAAAGGAACUCACAAAAGAUUUCCGUAGUUGGGGCCCUAACUCCAUUGAAAUCGGUGAAAAUGAAGUCAUUGACCUGAGUGGAGUUGAGAACGUGCUUCAGGCUUUAUACCUAUUUUUAUAUCAAAAGUAAACAGUAAUUUUUUUCCCAUUUAAAUUAAUUGUUUAAAUAGAAAUUCUGCGGGAUGUUUCAUGGCCGUCUCAAGCAGGGCAUGCUUUUUGUUUGCAGAUAAGUUACUACCUUAAAUUGUACAAAAGCUAAUCCCUUCUCCUUUCCACUCAGACGUUGCGCAUGAGAAUGUUCAGUCUCCCCAGUUCAGCUAUUUUAAGAGCGAACCAUUUUGAGUUGUCAAAGGCCUUGAUACCUAUGAAGUCUAUUUAGGAUCCUUCUCUCAGUGUUAUGAACAACCUACGUGUUUUUGUGUGUUGACCUGCUUAUGUUUGUUGGCUUCUGGAAUUGUCUGACAAAGGGCUACCAGUUAAGGGGUGGCGGCGUCAUGCUAUUUCUGAGGGUUUUUUCUGCUGAAUCCUUCCCCCCCCCUUUUUUUUAAUCUGCAUCGUUCAAAUCUCAAGACAAACGUGUCACAAUGUUAAAUAUAGGCAGGUUUCAUUACAGUAAAUGUAGUGUGUAAAAGACUUUCCCCUUGGAAUAGUCUUAAUUUCUGUUUGAGACAAAUGUGCAUGAAACUGGAUUAAGUUAUUUUGCUUUUGAGCUAAUUGGUGGAAGGAAAGAAGAGUACUGCUGAGUGCUGGAAUGUCUCCUUAAGGACUUUCUGCGUGCUGUAGAAACUCCUGCCAUGGUUGCUUGUCGAAGUUCAAACUACAAAAUGAAUAAUUUUCUACAACAAAACCGGCUUGGCUGUUUUUAUACAUGCUGCUAUCUUCAGGUAAUGCAGAGUUAUUAACAGUUUGGGAUCUGAUCAUAUGAAAAUCCACCCAGCCCUUGCCUACAUGUUUGCGCAGAUUGGUGCAAAUAAAACUUAUUUAACAAAAA